AUGUCGUUCCCUGUGACAUUUCGUGUAUGCAAUGCACCAAAAUCUACUGCAAAGGUCUCAUUUAUCCGCCCCCGCUCAACUGUCGCAUCGUCUUCGAUUGUCGACGCAAAGGCUAGGAUAAGAGAUCAUGCUAGAAACAUCAGUAGAUCAUCAAUUCGAGAUGCUACUGCGGUUCCUGCUGCUCGACCUUCCCCAGCUCCUGGAUUCCAGCAGCUGCCACAGAAAAAUAAUCUUCCAUUUGACUUGGAGUUGCAUACCAACACACCUCUGGAUCAUUCCUUUGUUGGCAUGUCAGGUGGUCAGAUUUUUCACGAGAUGAUGCUUCGGCACGGGGUGAAGCAUGUUUUUGGUUAUCCCGGCGGGGCUAUUCUUCCCGUGUUCGAUGCCAUUCACAACUCUAAACAUUUCCACUUCGUUCUUCCUCGUCAUGAGCAGGGCGCUGGGCAUAUGGCAGAAGGUUAUGCUCGCGUAUCAGGAAAGCCUGGUGUCGUCCUAGUGACUUCUGGUCCAGGCGCGACCAACGUCGUUACAGCAAUGCAAGACGCGCUUUCUGAUGGUGUUCCUCUCGUUGUUUUCUGCGGCCAGGUAGCAACCUCGGCUAUCGGGUCUGAUGCAUUCCAAGAAGCCGACGUUAUCGGUAUUUCACGUAGCUGCACCAAGUGGAACGUGAUGGUCAAGGACAUAGCAGAACUGCCAAGACGCAUCAACGAAGCAUUCAAAAUUGCAACUUCUGGUCGUCCUGGACCUGUGUUGGUCGAUUUACCCAAGGAUGUCACUGCUGGCAUUCUUCGCACACCUUUGCCAUACAAAGCGACUACUCCAGGCUCGCACACCCUACCUGCGAAUCCUAUGCAGCCUAUCUCUUCUCUAAUCGACAUGGCGUUGAUCCAGCAAGCUGCCAACCUCAUCAACCAAUCGCAACGACCUAUCAUUUACGCCGGCAAUGGUGUCCUCUCAUCACCUUUGGGUCCAAAGUUACUUGCACAAUUGGCUAAGGAGGGUAACAUUCCUGUAACAACCACUCUGCAAGGCCUCGGUGCCUAUGACGAGACAGAUGAGAGAAGUCUGCACAUGCUUGGCAUGCACGGAUCUGCAUACGCAAAUUUGGCAAUGCAACAGGCGGAUGUUAUCAUUGCCCUGGGUGCACGAUUUGAUGACCGUGUCACGGGCAAGGUUGAUACUUUCGCACCUGCUGCCCGAGCUGCUGCCUCGCAGGGCCGCGGAGGUAUCAUCCACUUUGAGAUUCAGCCGAAGAACAUCAACAAAGUCGUCAAUGCUUCCAUCCCUGUCCUCGGCGACGUCGUUUCCAACAUGGCUGCACUCGUCCCCUUGAUCCGAUCGUCACCACGUACACGGUGGUUCGGCGACAUCCAAGAGUGGAAGCAGAAGUACCCCUUCACAUACGUCCCUUCAAAAUCUGGUGCACGAUGCAAGCCACAGGAGGUUAUCGAGGAGUUGGACCGGCAGACGGCCCACAAGAAGGACGAUGUUAUCAUAACUACUGGUGUUGGUCAACAUCAAAUGUGGGCGGCCCAACACUUCCGAUGGAAGACGCCUCGGUCAAUGGUUACUUCCGGUGGUCUUGGAACCAUGGGUUUUGGCCUUCCUGCUGCCGUUGGUGCUAAAGUGGCCGCGCCUAACAAAAUUGUUGUUGACAUCGAUGGUGACGCAUCAUUCAGCAUGACUGCUAUGGAGCUCGCCACCGCCUCGCAGUACGAUAUCGGUGUCAAAGUCCUCAUCCUUAACAACGAAUUCCAGGGUAUGGUCUUGCAAUGGCAAGAUCUAUUCUAUGAUUCCAGGUACUCGCACACUCGGAUGACAAACCCCGACUUCGUCAUGCUUGCUAAAGCUAUGUAUGUACACGCGAUUCGAUGCGAAUCUGCGGCAGACCUUCCUGCAAAGAUGAAGGAGUUCCUGGAAUACGACGGCUCGAAACCCGUUUUGCUGGAGUGCAAGGUCGAAACUGACGAGCACGUGUACCCGAUGGUUCCCGCCGGGAAGGCGUUGCAUGAACAGGUCCUCCACCCUAUUCUGAGGCCAAAAGAAAAAUCCGACGCAUGA